UCAAAAGCGUUAGUUUUAAAAAUAAGAAGAAAAUUAAAAAUAAAUAACAAUUGUGCUAAUUCAUUACUCGUUGGUUAAAUAUGAUUGCAAUAUCUAGAAUUUAGUAAAUUGUGUUUUAUUUUAUAUGCUUUAUUGUUUGCCUUUUUUUAUAGUUGAAAGAAGAAAUGGUUAUAAUUUUUAAUUGGUCUUCAAGUUUUAUGUCAUGAUUUUACAAUUUGCCUAACUAAAUAUGAACAAUAGACAAACUUCUUUUAAUGACAAUGAACGUAUUCGCCAGAAAGCAAAUAUACCAAUUGCUCAAUAUUCUCCGAAUGUUGCUUCUACUUAUAACAUGUGCCCACCUUAUCGGCCUCAUGAAAAGGUCAAUCACGGGUCUAUUACCAAGAGCAAUAAACCUGAAGUUACAAGGUUUAAUUCACAAUAUAAUGAGCGAUCUGAAAGACAGGCUUUUUGUGCAACAGUCAAUUUUCCGCCGAACCAGGAUGCGAUUUAUUCGCCUGGGUUAACUCAUCAAUCUUCAGUUCGUUCCUUUCAAAUUUCUCAAAAUAUGCAUAGAAGUAGACAUGAGUCACAGAUGACUGCUAGUGCUCCUAAUUUCAACCGAUUUUCUAAAAUUCCAUGUAAUUUGGAUAGUGUGCAGUCUUCUGAUAGGAAUGAUAAAGCAUAUUCUUCUCCAAUUUCAAGUUUUAGAAUGCAAUCGAUAAAUCACAAUGAUAUUCCUCCUCAGCAUAUUGCUUACAGACAUCCCCCUGCUUAUCAAAAUGAAAUGACAAGGUCAUCAAAUUCAAAUAACAAUAACUUUAUUCGUCAGCCUCCAGUUUCCAACAUGCCUGACUUUAUGAGACCGCCACUUCAGCCCAAUUCCAAUCCAUCUACUUUAAUAAGACCACCACAAUUAGCUGCUAAUGCUCCUGGUUUUCUAAGACCACCAUUCUCACAAGGUUUUAACAACCCUGAUGCUGUACCACAAGGUUUCAGCAAUCCUGAUGCUGUAAGUCAUGCUAUACUACUAGGUUUCAGCAAUCCUGAUGCUGUAAUACACACUAUCCCACAAGGUUUGGGCAAUCCUGAUGUGAGGCAUCCUGGAUGUUCUAGCAAUCAGAACUCAAUAAUGCAACCACCCAUAUCAGGUUAUGGUAAUCCUAAUUUGAUAAGGCAACCGUCCUCAUUCAAUUCUAGCAAUCUUGACUUUAAUAAACAAACAUCUAUACAAGUUUCUGAUAAUCCUGCUUUAAGACAACCAUCUCCAUUAGAUUUUAAUAAGCCUGACGUUAUAAGGCAAGCUCCGCCAUUAAGUCCUUUAAUGGGACCACCUCCAAAUUUACCAUCGAACAACAGUUAUAUGUCCAGUGGCAGUUUUGCUUUUCCAGCGCAAAUACCACCAUCACAUCCUACUGGUUUAAAUCCACCUUUUACUUCAUUAAAGCAAGAUUCAAAUUUAAACUUUGAGUUUGGACCUAAUCUUAGUAUGCCGCCACCAUCUGUCAAUCAAGAUUGGUUAGAAGAAAACAAAAUUAAUCAAUUCCUCCAAAGGUUUACUUGCGAAGAAAAAAAGUCAGCAAAAUGUGAUUUAACUGUAACAGAAUUUCACAACAGAUUAAGAGAUGCUUUUGUAACAGUGAGAGAACUAAUGGAAUUAAAAGCAAGUUUGUCAAACUUACUUGAUGCUAAUGAAAAUGAAUGGAAUGAAAAAUUAAAAGAAGCUUCACAUUGCAAGGAUAAACUUACCAAAGAAUGUGACUUUUUAUCAGAGCCUAAGGUCUUACUUAGCAUUCAAGAAAGAUUGAGGAAUAGAAAAAUAAAGAGAGAGUUUAAAAAGAAGAUUCGAGCAAUUAAAAUUGAAGAAAAAAGUAAGAAAUUGGCAGUCCGAGAAGAGCUCCAUCAAACAAUUGACAAAUGGCUAGAAUCGUUAAAGGAAAAAAAUUUAAAAUUGAAAAGGGAAGCUGAAAUGAAAAAAGAAGCCGACUCUAUUUUGGCAGAGGUGAGGCGUAAAAUCCAUGAAGCCAAACGUACUAUAGAUAAAUUAAAAGUUUUUGAAAAAUUAAGAAGUGCAAGGCAUGCUAAUGCUGUUAAAAAAGGUCUUUUCCUACCUGAUCAUGACGAGAAGUUCCAAAUUAGAAUUUCAGAGUUGAAAGCCACAUUAUUCAAGCAACUUUCAGACUAUGAAAGUGAGGAGAAGGCUUUAAAAGUUAUGUUAGAGGCAGAACAGGAAGGUCAGUUAGAAGAGGAAGCAUUAUGGAGAAUUAGGAAGCUGAAAACUGCACAACAAAGGAGACAGAAAAACAUAAUGGAAUCUCUCUUUGGAAACAAAGAAGAGCCGACCGAAGAAGAUCCCAUAUACCUCUUUCACCAGUUUCAGAAUUCUGCAAAUAAGAGCAUAGAAAAUCUAGUUCAAAUUAGGCAUCAGUGGGACUUACAUCUUAGUGAAGAUGGGGAAACUGUCCCCUCUCUGUGGGUAGUACCUGUUCCACCUGGCAGUGCAGCUUGGGAGGUUGCACUAGAAAGUUGAAAUGUGGGAAAGGUGUUCUCAUUUUCUUCACAUUUAAAUAAUGCUUUUUCCCAUUUGUGGAAUGACUCAAAGUAUAAUUCAUCCAUUAAACUUUAGAUGAAAUUUUGUCUAAACAAGAAUUACAAGUAGUCUAAAAUGACUAGAUGUUUCAAUACCAUCUGAAAUGUUUCUGUGAUAUUAUGGGAAGCAGUUCUAUCAUUUUUGUAAAUAAUAUACAUUUCUUACAAUAUUAUACUUAUUAGCAAGUUUUAAUUUGUUAAUAAUGCAAUUAAUUAUGAUGAAUGAAUUUCAUCAGCGCUUUAAUUAUUUUUGUCGUAUAAACUCUUCGCAGUGCUCGAAAAAACUCAGAAAUUUUACCCGUCCACCUUUGAAACUAACCCGUAGCUUCUAAAUAAAUAAAAAUAUAAUUUUCUCUUAUUUAUUACUAACAUUUAUAUAAAUUGCACAAUUAGUAGUUACUAGGAUUACAUUAUACUGUAAUAAAAGAAAUACUAGGUUACUAAUAGUAACCUAGUAUUUAUUUUAUGAAAUAAUUUAAAUGACAAGGGUCAAGUUAUCUGGAAUGUCAAUUUAUCCGAGGGUGCUGCGUUUUUUAAAUGAAUCAAAUAUGACGUUUUCCUGUUCCACAAUCAAGCCAAUGAUUUAAAGAGGUUUCUGCACAAAAAUCUGAAAGGGGUUUACCAUUUAGGUAGAUGUUCAUAAUUGCGUUUAACGCUUCUUGUUUAAGACCAGUACGUAAUGUGUUUUUUUGUAAGUUCAUUGCUGAAAAACCCCUUUCAACCGCUGCAGUACUCCCAGACAGAGAAAACAUCAAUAUAUGCGCAGUAUGUUGCUGUAUUGUGGGUCAUUUUGCUGCCUUGUAACUUACAAGGCUCUUGUAAGAUAACAAAAAUUGAAAAUGUAUCACGAACAUUAACGGGAAAAUGGCUGUCCGCGCGGACGUCGGAUUCGAGGAAUUCGUUGUCCACGGGGAAUUUUUGACAGCCAAGGACAGGCGGUUUUUCGAGCACUGACUCUUUGUUUAGUUGAAAUACUGAAAAAAAAAAUUUAGUUUUGUGUAAAAUUUUAUUAGUUAUAAACAGCUAUGUUUUUAUUCCUCUGAGCAUGUUUCAUAAAUGCACAGGAUGUAUUUUUGACAUUUUGUAAAUAUUGUUCAGAGUUAACCAGACAAUGAAAUUUCUAUAUUUGAAAUAAAGUUGCAUUUUAUAUACUU